AUGCCGGCAAUCGAUAGGCUUGCCGGCUUGCUGAACGACUUUAUAUGUCACAUUCUCUCUUUCUUCCUCCCGACCAAAUUCAGUAGAGCACCCCAAAAGAUUCAUAAAAUCGAUAGGUUGGGCGGCUUGCCGGACGACGUUAUAUGUCACAUUCUCUCUUUCCUCCCGACCAAAUUCUCGGUUGCCACUAGCGUUCUAGCUAGUAGGUGGAGAUUCCUGUGGACCCUUGUCCCCUGUUUCAAUUUCGACGAAACAUGCUACUGGAGAAAAACACUGUACUCGGACAACAUCAUCCACCGUUUUCUACUACAACACGAGGCGAAGAGCAUAUCCACUUUCACGUUUAAAAUGAAUUGCUUCGACGACGACUAUCAAUUCGAGAAAUUGUUUGCCGCCGCCAUCAAGCGUAAUGUCCGGAAUCUUAAUCUUAACUUUUAUGGUCAUGUAAUGUUGCCGACAACACCCCUCUUCACCUGCAAAACUGUGGUCGACAUGACACUUCGGUCGUGUAAAUGCAUCCCGUCGAGUGCGAAUGUGUGUUUUCCUAGCCUCAGGAAGCUUUAUCUCCACUUUGUCGGGUUUCAGGGCGACGACACCCUUCCGAACUUGCUUGACGGCUCUCCUAAGCUCGAGGAGUUGAUCUUUCAUCGAUGGGAGACUGAAAAGUUAAGAAUUAAUAUAUCAUCAUCCUCGUUAAAAGUGCUUAGGGUCACUCUUGAACCUCACUGGUUGCUGAUUUUCUCCGGACAUGGGAUGAAGCCCGCCAAAUAUCAGAUGAUAAUAGAUGCCCCGGCGCUUAGGCAUCUCCACAUGCACGGUUCUCGUGUAGGUAUUCCAGUCGAUAUGAAUCCCUUAUUCUAUGUGGAAAUCUUCUUCAAAGAGUAUUCCACCAACAGCAACUGCUCCUAUCAUGAGGUUAUAAAGUUUCUUAGUUGUGUUUGUGACACCAAGGGCCUAAACCUAUCCGGUUACGACUCUAAUCAUGAGGUUGUUGACAGGGAAGUUGCCGAAUCAAGUGUAAAGUUUAAUAACAUAGCCAAACUUGAACUCAAAGUGUAUGACGUUAAAUGGCAUUUGCUCGUAAAUUUCCUUGGGAAUUGCUGA